CCUCCGGUGACGUCGUGCGUUGCCAAGCUGACAGGCUGGGAAAGUGGCCGAGCUGCCGCGACCCGCUACGCCGUCCCGGGCCGCGCCUCGGUCGGGCCCCGCUCCCCCACCUCGCCCGCGGGCACCCCUCGGCCGCCGCAGAGCCUCCGGCUAGAGCAAAGCGCCGGGCCGGGCCGGCUCUGAGGCGCCGCCGCCGUCGCUCUGGUCCGCAGCCCCGCAUGGAGCGCGCCCGGCGCUGAAAUGACCGACCAGGAGAACAACAACAGCGGCGGCGGCGGCGGCAUCUCGCGGAACCCCUUCGCCGCCCUCUUCAGCUCCGUGGCAGACGCCAAGCACUUCGCCGCCACGCAGAGGCAGCCUGCGGCGGAAGAAACCUCAGCCAGCCAGGAUGAGUCUGACAACAGCGUGUCUGAAAGCCUGGAUGAUUGUGACUACUCAGUGGCGGAGAUCAGCCGUUCCUUCCGCUCGCAGCAGGAGCUCUGUGAGCAACUCAACAUCAACCACAUGAUCCAGAGAAUCUUCCUGAUCACUCUUGACAACAGUGACCCAAGUCUGAAAAGUGGCAAUGGGAUUCCCUCGCGCUGCGUGUAUUUGGAGGAGAUGGCAGAGGACCUGGAGGACCAGGACUGGCUGGACAUGGAGAACGUGGAGCAGGCACUAUUCACCCGACUUCUGCUCCCAGAACCAGGGAAUCACUUGAUUUACAUGACCACCACCACUGCGCAGAAUCUCUCUGCUGAAAGAGAUGCAGGGGAGAAGCACAUUCUGCAUUAUCUCUUUGCCUGCUUCCAGAGAGCAAAAGAAGAGAUCACCAAAGUGCCAGAGAACCUUUUGCCCUUCGCAACGCGUUGUCGGAAUCUGACGGUGUCCAAUACCCGCACAGUCCUCCUCACACCAGAGAUUUACAUCAGUCAGAAUGUCUAUGAGCAGCUGGUGGACUUGAUGCUGGAGGGACUGAGAGGGGCUCACUUUGAAGAUGUAACUGAGUUCCUGGAAGAGGUCAUAGAAGUUGUUACCAUGGAUGAAGAAGUGCGGACCUUUGGAGAGGUCAUGGUUCCUGUCUUUGAUAUCCUUUCGGGGCGUAUAAGAGAACUACACCUUUGCCAGAUCCUGCUGUAUUCCUACUUGGACAUGCUCCUGUACUUCACCAGGCAGAAGGACAUAGCCCAGGUUUUUGUAGAAUACAUCCAGCCAAAGGACCUAACCAAUGGGCAACUCUACCAGAAGACUCUGCUGGGGACCAUCUUGAGUAUCUCAUGCUUGCUGAAGACUCCUGGUAUUGUUGAGAACCAUGGAUACUUCCUGUCCCCAUCUCGGUCCAGCCCUCAGGAGAUCAAGGUGCAGGAAUCCAACAUCCAUCAGUUCAUGUCCCAGUUCCAUGAGAAGAUCUAUCAGAUGCUGAAGAAUCUGCUGCAGCUGUCCCCACAGACCAAGCACCGGAUUCUGUCCUGGCUUGGGAACUGCCUCCAUGCCAAUGCCGGCCGUGCCAAGAUCUGGGCCAGCCAGAUGCCAGAGGUCUUCUUCCAGAUGUAUGCCCCAGAUGCCUUCUUCCUGAACUUGGGGGCUGCCCUCCUCAGGCUCUGCCAGCCUUUCUGCAAGCCCCGCUCCCCCCGGCUCCUCACGUUUGAUCCCACCUACUGUGCUCUGAAAGAGCUGAACGAGGAAGAGCAGAAGAGCAAAAACGUCCAUAUGAAAGGGUUGGAAAAGGAGACCUGCUUGAUCCCAGCUGUGACUGACCAGGAACCUGAGUUUGCCCCCAGCUACAACCUGGUAACAGAGAACUUGGUGCUGACGCAGUACACGCUCCAUUUGGGUUUUCACAGAUUGCAUGACCAACUGAUCAAAAUCAACCAGAGCCUUCAUCGGCUGCAGGCGGCAUGGAGAGAAGCUCAGCAGACCUCCAGCCCCACAGCGGAUAACCUUCGGGAGCAGUUUGAGCGCCUCAUGACCAUCUAUCUCUCCACCAAAACCGCCAUGACUGAGCCACAGAUGCUGCAGAACUGCCUCAACCUGCAGGUGUCCAUGUCUGUCCUACUGGUCCAGCUGGCCAUUGGAAACCGAGGAACUGAAUUUGCAGACCUGACGUUUCCUGUGCCUGAAGUGAAGGACAAUCCACUGGCUUAUGUCCCAGAGUUCUUUGCUGAUAACCUGGGCGACUUCUUCAUUUUUCUACGUCGCUUUGCUGAUGACCUCCUAGAGACAUCGGGUGACUCCUUGGAGCACAUCCUGAACUUUGUGACAGUUUUUACUGGGGAUGUGGACAGGAUGAAGAACCCACAUCUGCGUGCCAAGCUUGCGGAAGUGCUGGAGGCUGUCAUGCCCCACUUGGACCCAACGCAGAACUCCCUUGUCUCCAGUGUCUUCCAUCGCAAGAGAGUCUUCUGCUCCUACCUGCAUGCUGCUCACCUGGCUGAGGCACUCAUCAAGGUCUUUGUGGACAUCGAGUUCACAGGAGAUCCCCAUCAGUUUGAACAGAAAUUCAACUAUCGCAGACCCAUGUAUCCCAUCCUCCGGUAUAUGUGGGGCACAGAUUCCUACCGGAAAAGCAUUAAGGCACUCGCUGACUAUGCCCUGGAGAACCUGGAAGCCAUGACCCCGCCUCUCUUUCUGCGCUUCCUUAACCUGCUCAUGAAUGAUGCUAUUUUCCUACUGGAUGAAGCAAUACAGUACCUGAGUAAAAUCAAGAUCCAGCAGAUUGAGAAGGACCAGGGGGAGUGGGACAGCCUGUCCCCAGAGACGCGUCGUGAGAAGGAAGCCAGCCUACAGAUGCUUGGGCAGCUGGCUCGCUUCCACAACAUCAUGUCCAAUGAAACGAUUGGGACCCUGGCUUUCCUGACUUCAGAGAUAAAGUCCCUCUUCGCGCACCCCUUCCUCGCAGAGCGGAUGAUCUCCAUGCUCAAUGACUUUCUGCAGCAUCUGGUGGGCCCCAAAAUGGGGGCCUUGAAGGUCAAGGACUUCAGUGAGUUUGACUUCAAGCCCCAGCAGCUGGUUUCGGAUAUCUGCACCAUCUACUUGAAUCUUGGGGAUGAAGAAAACUUUUGUGCCACAGUGCCCAAAGAUGGGUGGUCGUAUUCCCCAACGCUUUUUGCUCAGACAGUCCGAGUCCUGAAGAAGAUUAACAAGCCUGGCGACAUGAUUGUAGCAUUUAGCAACCUGGCUGAACGGAUCAAGUCCCUUGCAGACCUACAGCAGCAGGAGGAGGAGACCUACGCUGACGCCUGUGAUGAGUUCCUGGAUCCCAUCAUGAGUACAUUAAUGGCAGACCCGGUGCUGCUGCCCUCCUCCCGGGUCACGGUGGAUAGAUCAACCAUUGCCAGGCACCUCCUGAGUGACCAGACUGACCCUUUCAACCGGAGCCCCCUUACCAUGGACCAGGUUAGACCAAAUAUUGAGCUGAAGGAACGGAUCCAACAGUGGCUUGCAGAGAGGAAGACAGUAAAGGAGAAGAUGGGAGGCAUUCCCUGACCUGGCUUAGCCAAAGCUGCUGCUACCCUCUCCAAGCUCCCACCUGCAGGUGACGGGACACUCACGCCCGCUCACUCCCAGCCGGAAGUUGCAGGGCUCCUUGGCCAUAGAGUGUUCUGGGUGGGCCCACUGCCCCUUUUCUUUUGGUAGAAAGCUCCAGUUGCUCUUUGGCUGACUGGUCUCAAUGGCAGUUGCUGACACUAAUGCUGCCCCUUUCCGUUGCUGUGCAGCUUUUGUGCCGGAAACUUGGCUUUAAGAUCUGGUGUCACUGUGAAGGAAAAAACGCUCUUCUCUCCCUGCCUCCCAAUUUAGGACAGGCCUUUCUUAUGCAAGCUCAUGCUCGCUGAGCCCACAAAGAAGAUGCUGGCCCGGCCAAGGCCCUGUCCGCAGACGUGCAGCGUCCCCACUUCCUUGGGAGUUAGGGAGUAGGUCACACGCACAAAGAUUGGGACAAAUGACUUCAGAUUCCCCACGCUUGUGAAAGCUG